AGAGAGGGUUGAGUGCAUGUAUUGGGAGGGGGGCAGUAUUUAACCAUUGUGUUUUGAGCAGAGGACAGAGGGAGGAGGGAAAAGGGUAAUUUUAACUGAGAGCAAGUGCCCCAGAGAGCGAGAAAUGGAAAGCGCAAGAGCAUGUGUGUGAGAGUGCGAAGGAUGGAGAGAGGGUGAGUGCGAGAGCAAGCGGGCAGGCGCUGUAAAAUCCAUUAACAGUGGCGCUCUGUGCAUUUGUUAGAUGUCUUGGCUGUCCGCCCAACUUGGUUCAUUGUAAUCAAGGCAUGAUCGCGGACUCUGCCGCUUCGGCUGCUGCUUCGCGUUUGGACCCAGCCCAGGUUUCAAUGCUGACAUGGAGAGACCUACCUCCAGUGACGUCAUGCUGAAGAAGGAGCAGAAGGAUGUGGAGCUGGAUAAAAAGAUUGAGGCUCUCCGCAGGAAGAAUGAAGCCCUCAUGAAGAGGUACCAGGAGGUAGAGGAGGACAAAAAGAGAGCGGAGGAGGAAGGAAUGGCACUGCAGAGCCCCAAGGGCAACACAGGGGACUUGACCAUCACCAUCAACAAGUCUACCACUGAGCCUCGUGUUGUGAUGACCAAACCAGGCACGGGUGGUUCUCCCACCCCAAAGGGGGUCCAGGAGCUUGGGGAGAGGGAGGCGGAGGGGAAUCUGUUGGGCUCAGGACGGGGCAGGAGGAAGCAGCUACUGGUCACCAUGGCUGGCAACACAAAGGGUAAGAGGGUGGUGAGUGAGAGGCUGGAGAGAAGACCAGGUCCAGGUCUCCCCGGUCUGCUGAAUGUGAAGAGCCUUACAGAGGAUGGCUUGCACCAGUACCUUGUGGAAUCAGCAGGCAGAGGAAAACACCAGCACACUAACGCAGCAAAGAAGGACACGGGACCACAGGAUGAAGGGGGGCAGGGAAAGGGUGUGACAGAGGAGCGUCACUGGCUGUCAGAGUGUGAGCCUUACUACCAGAAGUCUGAGGGGCCAGGCCUGGCAGGUGACACAGACCUCACCAUCCCCACGUCCAAAGAGGAGCAGCAGGAGUACCUGCGCUGGAAGAAGGAGCGUGAGCAGAUCGACCGGGAGCGUGUGGCCCGCCACAGAAAUGCCAAUGGCCAGUGGAGGCGGGCAUGGGACAUGGACAAAACAGAGAAUAUGUUUUCAGAUAAAUCUCCGGAGGAGAGAGUACAGGGGCCUCCAGAUAGAGGAGGAAGAAAUGCAAGAAGAGGUCACCCCAAAUCAAAUCCUGAGUCACGGGUUCAGCAACCACGGGGCAGAGACAAGGGGGUUAAAAAAGUGCCCGUGGUCAGCAGUAAAGCCAAGGGCAAGGAUCGGCUGACUGGGAGGGCCAGGAGAUGGGAUGCCAGCGAGGAUGGGGAUGAUUUGCAGGCCUCCGAGACAAGUUUGGAGGAAUUCUUAGAAGAGCUUGAUGCUUUGGGUGGACCUGACGUAGACGACUCCACUGCAGAAACUCCAGAGGUCAAAGAUGUUUACCUCAAAAUUGAGUCUUUCCUGACCCCGGAUGUGGUGAAGACUGAGGAGGUGAGUGGACCCGUCAAUCCUGCCCUGGACCAAGCCGACUGGCUUCAAGCCCCAGCCGACACCUCAGAGGAGGGUACACCCAGACAGGAGAAGGCUAAGGAAUCGUCCCCUCGAGCUGCAGAGAAGAAGGUCCGCUUCUCGGUGGAGCUCAAUGGGCCCGGGGCCUACGAGCAGACACCGGGGCAGGAGGGCUCUGAGCUUCCCGAUUCCUCCAAAACAGAGUGUGCUGAAAGCGGCCAUGACAGUGUGCUCACCCCUGUUUUUCCCACUUCACACAGCAAUGUCGAAGAUGCUGCCCCUCCACAGGAGAAUGCUGUCCAGUCUUUAGAACACGCUAAGAGCAAUAGCAACAGAAAUACAGAGGAACUGAUUGACUCUAGUCUGUCUGUUCUGAGGCUGGAGUCAGGAGAGACUCACCCAACCCACACCACCAGCACUGACAAGGCAAGAGAAAAUGGGAAGAUUGUUUGAAGGACUUUCAACGUUUAUAUGAAUUGGUCAAUAUGUAAAACCAAAACAUGCUUAAGUAGAGAAUUUACCAUAAGCCUUUUAGUUUAAAGUGGAAAUCACAGCACUUUAACUAUUUUGCAGAUAUGAAACAGACAAUCAUAAUAUCAGUCAAAAAUAUCACAUUUCCAGUUCAUGCUACAAAACCAACUUUAGAAGAGGUUUUAAAAAUAGGUUCUAUUUGACAAAAAAAAUAAUGACGUAGAGUAAGGCAUUGUUGGCAGAAUAGAUGGAUGCAGUUCAAUGCAUGAUUCAUAUAAUUCACCAAUACAUUUCUUGGUAGUCCAAAAAA